GUAAAAGUGAAUAGUCUCCACGCUUUCGCUGGUCCAGGAUGCGACCAACACGAGAGUAGGUUCCACACCGCGUCAUUUCAAGACGGCCGGGUAGAAGUGUUGACCAUUUUAAAAAACGACUUCCCCCGUCUCUUCACCUUCAAAGAAACAGAAAACUUCAUGAGAUUAUCGUUAUGUGGACUCUCGGUGUGGACAGCCGGCUUGAUCCUCGUCGUUGGGUUGCUGCUUCUACAAAAAGCAGCUUUGUGUGCAGCAGCUACGCAGAAGCGGGGCGCAUGCAGUAGAGGGCAAGCAGGGCUUCGACUCCUGUAACUAUUCGCAUGAUUUUCGCACGUCAGCCGAGAAAACGCAAGGUCAAGACAUCACUGUGGACUCAUGCCAAGCCGCAAACACAAUUACUGAAGUGAAGAAGGCAUAUUUGAAUGCGUACGGGAAUUGGCAACGUGCGCCCUGUACUAGGGAAGGGUCUUUGGCCGUCGUCCAUCUUCUUGAGGACGGUGCAGAAUGUGUCUGUCUUGUUUCACACAGUCGCGUUGUGAAGAACUUCUAAAAUAAUGCGUAUAUGCUAGGGUAAAGAUCUGUUCCUCCAUCUGAAAGGAGGAUUCGUUAACUGCCGCCUACCUUGUGCCUGUGCUCCUCAAUGCCGCUGUGCCAACCACUUUCUUUACGAUUCUGAAAGCAUCUCAAACACGAUGAUUGGAUCUGAAGAGUUUUGGAAGACAGAGGCUGACGCUCCUCUGCUUAACCGAAACGCGGAUUUCGUGAGUAAAGAGAAUGCGGCGGAGAUGAUCGAGAGAGCGCGGAAGCUCGUCGACUUGAUUGAAAGUGGGGCCGGCACCGACGUGAGCAUUGAAUUGGUUCCGGACUGUGGCGAUGAAGGAGCGCGACGAAUUUUUGUUUUGGACGCAGAGAGAACCUUCAAGGAUCCAAAGCACAGAGAGCAGAUGGUUUCAGUUUUGCAAUCCUUGUGGCCGGAGCUACAGGACUACCACCAGGGCUUGGGGUUCUUGGUUGCCUUUCUGCUGCUUUAUCUUCCUCCCGAGGACGUUGCGAAGGUUGCGAUCGGGUUACACCGUGACUACGUGCCUGGGUAUUUCAAGUCGGCCCCUGCAGCCUAUGUGCGUGACGCUCGAGUGUAUCAAAAGCUCAUGCACAAGUUCUUCCCGGAAGUUGCGACAACCAUCGAAGACCUCACCUGCCCGGAGGCGUACGUCUCUAAGUGGUUCAUCGGAAUGAAUGUUCACGUGCUCACUUUCGAAGCAAUGAUGCUCUUCCUAGAAGCUUUCCUAGAAAAAAAGGACACCUUUCUUUUCCAGUUCGGACUCGCACUUCUGAAAAAUGUACAGCCAGACUUGGUUGCUACGAAGGACGUCUCCAAAACACUCGCCAUCCUGAGGCUGGACCAGUCAUUGUACCCCAACACAAAGCAGGCUGAAGGAAGCGACCAGCCGGGUUCCUUCUUCACUCGCAUUGUCGAAGAUGCUAUCAACUUCGAUCUAGGGGACGCCGAUAUUGAGAAACUCAGGGAGGAGGCAAUGGAAGAAAUGCGCUUGGAGGAGGAAAAGCGAAAGGAACGUGAGAAGCAGCUGGGACUCGACAGCGACGACGAAAUCGUUUUCUCCGACGAAGAAGAUGAGUAGUGGUCCGGCCGCAUAUUUGGAGCUCCUGCUUACUGAUAAUUUACACAUGCAAGAAACACGGUGUUUCAGUUCCGUUGUUUGUAGAUGGUGGAACUAAUGAAAAUGCGGUCCGGACUGCCGGUUGCUGCGUAACUUCUCAACUCGAGAGUUGUUCAACUUCAUAUUGAAAGCAGUUGGCUUCUUUUUGGCUUCGUGAGAACUCGCUGUGUUCAUCUCAACCCCAUAUAAGCUGGUGCUGAAAGUAUACGUCUGAAAGACUGUGAUGACGUUUUGG